ACGCGGCGGCCAGCCGAGGCUUCCGGGUCAUGUACCAAACCAGGGAAGGAUAAGGGACUCCAAGUCCCAGCCGGGGCGCGGUGAAACAGCCACAGCGCUGCCAGAGGGGUCCACGAAUCUCACAGCACAACACACGCGCAGUGAAAGGCAGUAGAAGGCGGGGCGACGCGCACGGCUUCCUGGGAGGUGUAGUCUUCUAUACGCGCGCCCUUCGAGCCCCACUGGAGGCUCGCGCAGGAUCCGUGAGCGGCCUAAGGUGAACUGACUCAUAUGAUUGGCUGUCCCGAAAAAUGAAAAGUCUUUGUGGUCCAGGGCUGAGACCCACGAGGAGACGGGGCGGGAUUUCUGGCGCUAAGAGGCGGGGCCUCUCGGCUUUGGGCGCGAGUGGUUAAAAGACAGUUGGUGUCGGUUCGGCUGCUCGGGCCGGAUUCCGCGGUCACAGCCCUUCCCCAUGGCAGACGCUGAGGAGCUGCAGGUUUCUUCGCCGCCGCCGCCGCCUCCCUCUUCUCCCUCCUCUUCAGACGCCUCUGCAGCAUCUUCCCCGGGCGGCCCAGUGAGUUUGGGCUGGCCAGUUCCGAGCAGGAGCAGCGGCGGAACGGUGGACCCGCUGGAGGAAGUGGAGCUGCAGAUCGGAGAUGCAGCCUUUUCAUUAACCAAACUUCUUGAAGCCACAUCUGCAGUAUCAGCUCAAGUGGAAGAACUUGCCUUCAAAUGUACGGAAAAUGCACGAUUCCUUAAAACAUGGCGAGACCUCUUGAAAGAAGGCUAUGAUUCUUUGAAACCUGAUGACUAAUUUGGCAUACUUCGUUGUUUAAUAAUGACUGCAAUCAUUCAGACUUCUUAUGUCAUAUUUGUACAUGUACCACACGUAUAGAAUGACCUCUGUCCAGGAGUUCUGUAUAUACUCAGAAUGAAAUUUUUCUUGGUUUUCUUGGCUUUUGUGAAAGCAGAAUACCGAUGCUGUUUUUGUUGCGGACCAGUACUUGUUUGUCCUUAAAUACUUUAUGCCUCUGAACUUUCAUAGAGUCCUUUUUGAAAGUUAACUUCAUCAAUAGAUGGUUAAUAUUAAUAGAGCCACAAUGCUACCAUUAGCAAACUAGGUAGACCAUUAUUUGUUUUGCAACAAGAUGCUAAGCAUGGCAGAGUUUGAAAUUGCGUUUCAUCUUAAGGACCAAGGGGGGAGGUAACUUUAAGGUUGCCAGUGGUGGAUCCAGCUCCAUUAGGCUAAGUUGUCUACAGCUAAGGAUUGUGUCUUUAUUCUAUAUCCCCAGCACCUAAAACAGGUUCACACAGCACUCACUGAAUGUUUGUUGAAUAAAAGAGUUAACAAACAUAAUUAAAAGCUUUUUUCUUCCUAUAUUUAGCAUGAAGACUGUCAUUGUUUCUUUAGAAAAUGUAUGAAUCUGAACUUUAUUGACUUGAAGAAAAACAUUCUUUUUUUUUACAGAGAUUUGGACUUUGAUGAUAGGUUUUAAAAUAUAUGAUAAAUAUUUUUUGUACUUUUUUUUUUUUAAAGACUUUACUUCAGAAAAAGGAGACUAUCUAGAAAGAAUGCAUAUUUUUUCCCUAUUUAUUUCUGUGGUUACUGCUUUUGCAGUUUAACCGUGUUUGUAUUUGAUAUUUGUAUAUGUUUGAUGGCUAUUUUUAAGGUGCCUUAUCAGAUUUAUGGCUCUGUGCUAUUACUUUUUGAGCUUUGCAGGUUGUAUACAUAAUAAUUCUAAAGAAGUUACUUUGUUUGCAAUGCAUCAAAUUUAAAUGAUGUGAUUUUUUUUUUUUGUAUUAUUUGACCUAGUGACAGUGUUCUAUUUUGCGUCUUGUAUAUUAUGUUGCUUUUGGUGUUUUGUGUUGCAUGUCAACGAUUAAGCCAACUAAUUCUCCACCAUAUAUAACUUCUGGACAUCUUUGAUAUGACAUCUUAAUUAUUUGUAGAUAUGGAGAUAUGUACAGAACUAUAUUCUAACGCCCAGCAAUGGGGCUAUGAGAGGGGACAGAUGGAUGGGCAAAGAAUAGUUUUGUUUAACAUAUUAAGUCAUAGUUCUUGAUUAGUUUUUUUAGUUAAAGAUCACACAUAGGGUGUGAUUUCUAUACCAAAAUGCUUAUUUCAGUAUUAGAAAAAUAUUCUUACAUGUCCUGAAAUAUGCUUAUUUCACUAUUAGAAAAAUAUUCUUACAUGUCCUGAAAAUUGCAGUUUUUAAAAUGUGUAAAAAUAAAUUCUUAUUAAAAGCACAUUUUAUUUCCAUUUCUUUGGAUUCAUUACCUUAAAACUUUUUACUGACAUAUUUCAAAGAUACAGGAGAGGCAAAUGAGUUCAAGAAAAUCCAUGUAUUUCUACCAUGCAGAUGUAAUAAAUGUCAGGAUUUGGCUAUAUUUUCUUCAGACACACAUAUAUAUGUAAUUGCAAAUAUUAGAUACAUUUGAAGUUCAUUUUGUUACCUCUUUGAUCCUGUCCCCUUCCUCCCUCCCUAGAGUCCCCAGAGGUAAACUCUAGAGGUGGCAUAUAUUCUAGCGUGUGUUUUUAUAUUUUUAAUACAAAUAUAUUUUUUAAAAGCGCUAUAAAAUACUGUUUUAUGUAUGUGGUAGCCAGCCUCCAGAUGGCACCAGUGAUCCCUGGCCUCCUGGUGUUCAUGCCCCCGUAUAGCCUUCUCCUGCAUUUUAUAGUGCUGACUUUUGUAACUACCAGGAUAUUGAGCAAGUGCAGUGUGUGAUUUUUGAGGCCAUAUCUUUUACUCCUUUUUUUUUUUUUUUUUUUUUUUUAAGAGACAAGAUCUCACUCUAUUGCUCAGACUGAAGUGUGGUGGCAGGAUCAUAGCUCACUGUAACCUUAAACCUGGACUCAAACGAUCCUCCCAUCUCGCCGCCUCCUAAAUCACUGGGAUUACAGGCAUUUUUGCUCAUUUUUCUCUUUUGUUUUUUUACUUGUCUGUUUUUAGAUAUUACAUAUUUUGAAUACUAAUAAUCUGUUAUGUAUGUUUCAACUAUCUUUUUUAGUCUGGUUUGUCUUCAUAUUUUGGUUAUGAAAUCUUGAAUUUUUAAAUUUUAAUGUAAUCUUACCAAUCUUUCAUAAUGAUUUGCUUUUUCUGGUUUUUGUAUAGGAAAUGUCAUAAAAAUAGUCUUAUUCAGCCUUCCAAAAGUUAAAAAAUUUUUAACAUUUAGAUGCUUAGUCCAACUGAAAUUUGUUUUCAUUUAUGGCAUGAUUUUGGAAUCUUGUUUUAAUUAUUUUUGCACAUUUAUAGCUGUUCCUCUGAGUAUCAUUGUUUCAAGUGCAACAUCUGUCAUGCAGUUACUGUAUAAGGGCCAGAUUCUGACCUUUCUGUUCUUUUGAUCUGAAGGAAAUUUGAACAUGCCACCCCCAAAUACGCUGAUUUGGCAUACUGAUUAUUUCAAGCUAAAGGUACUUGAGAAACAGUAGUUGCAGAAAUGGCUAUGUUAACUGUCCUUUCCCACCUGUAGCAAGCCAUACAGACUUCUUUGAGAAAGAUGCUUUCCUGAUAUCAAGAUGAGAAGAUGGCUCUAAUCAGCUGAGACAGUACCAGAGGAAUCUGCAAACAAACCUUACUGUUAGUUUCUUGCCAUACGUUUACCUUCCCACAGUUUCUGCCUCUGGAAGCCUAAAACUGCUUUCCUUUGUCUGUCACACUUCUCUGAAAUGUAUUCUUUGUGGAAGAUGCUAUAUAAUCCAGAGUUCUAAGCCACUACCUGUGUUUUACCUUUUCAUUGAGUUUUCUCCUGUGUGAUAUACACUGUAUAUAUUAAUAAAAUUACUUGUUUUUCUCUUGUUAA